UCUCAUCUCUAGUCCCAUCUGGAACGUAUUAAUCCUGUGAAAAGUCGCUCCGUCUCCUCUAGUCGCUCCACUUUUGCAAGUGUCCUUGCCGGACUGUCUCUCUCAUUCUCGCUCUUUCCCUCUGUUGGUGCCGGCAGGUCCGAUCAGGAAGCCCAAAUAUGUAGAGAGCCCUCGCGUUCCCUCUGAUGCCAUCAUGUCAGCGCUCAGAAAGGUGGCUGAUAGCAAGGAUUCCUCCCACAAUGAGCUGCAAGCAGAGCAACAGCCAAGCUCCUCCUCUCCUGCCACUCAGGAACUGAUGACAAGGCUGGGCUUUUUACUGGGAGAAGGGAUCCCGGGUACGGCACGCAUACCUAUGGACGACAAGAAUGAAAAGAAGUGCGCUCUGACCAGCCAGGGAAUUAGCCCCUGCUCCACCCUGACCAGCAGCACGGCGUCUCCCAGCACCGACAGUCCAUGCUCCACUCUCAACAGCACGACAAGUCGUCCCCCACUUAGCCGUUCCAGCCCCUGUGGGACAAUCACCAGCCCCAGCUCCACUCUUGAGAGCAAGGACAGUGGGAUCAUAGCCACCAUCACUAGCUCCUCAGAGAACGAUGACCGCAGCGGCUCCAGCCUCGAGUGGAGUAAAGAUGGCAGCCUAAGGAGCACCGGGUGCCAUGGCUUGGCGCAGAGCGUGCGGGCUGACACGUGCUCUCCCGUGGUGGAAGAAGAGUCCGGCAGUGCCCCGGCGACACCAGCUGACACCCCGUCGAGGACAGACCACCACCAGCACCAGCAGCAGCAGCAGCAGCAGCAGCAGCCCCCCCAGACAUCAGCAGGAGCACAGGGGCCACCACGACCUCUAGGCCACACAUCAGACGGGCCUAAUCCGUAUCAACCGCAGACAUCAUCUUCCCUCAUGAUGCCGAGACCAAACUCUGUCGCCGCAACCAGCUCCACAAAGCUAGAGGACCUGAGCUUCCUCGAUGAGCAGCGCAACACGCCCCUGCGGACAUCCAUUCGCCUGCCUUGGCACAACACAGGAGGGAGGCCACCGCAGGACACUAAAGGACGCUUCGCACCCUACAAGCCGUCAGACAUCAUGCUCAAGCCCCUGCUGUUUGAGGUACCCAGCAUCACUACGGACUCUGUGUUCGUCGGCCGGGACUGGCUCUUUCAGCAGCUGGAAGACAUCCUGAAGGGCAGCGAGUCCAAUGAAAACCACGGCGUUGUGGUGGUGGGCAGCGUGGGGUACGGGAAGACGGCCAUCAUCUCCCGGCUAGUAGCGCUGAGCUGUCACGGAGGACGCAUGCGGCAGAUCGCCUCUAACAGCCCCAGUGCCUCCCCUAAAAGUAAUGUGGGACAAGGCACAGAGCUUCCCCUCAGCCAGCCCCCACAGCCCACUCCGCCAUCCAGUGCCACCAACACAAUUAGUAGCAACAGCUGUCCAGGAACUCCUGAGAUGCAACGGCGCCGGGAGGAGGCUGUCAAACGUCUGGCUUCAAAGGUGGUUGCGUAUCAUUACUGCCAGGCCGACAACACCUACACCUGCUUGGUGCCAGAGUUUGUACACAGUAUCGCAGCCUUGCUGUGCAGAGCCCAUCAGCUCACCGCUUACCGAGAGCUGCUCCUGAAGGAGCCGCACCUCCAGAGCAUGCUCAGUCUGCGCUCCUGCGUCCAAGACCCCAUGGCUGCUUUCCGAAGAGGGGUCCUGGAACCACUGGCCAACCUUCGUAAUGAGAAGAAAAUUUCAGAGGAGGACCAUAUAAUCUUGAUAGAUGGACUUAAUGAAGCAGAGUUUCAUAAGCCCGACUAUGGAGACACCGUCGCUUCUUUCAUCACUAAGAUCAUUCCUAAGUUUCCACCCUGGCUGAAGCUGGUGGUCACUGUCCGGGUUAACUUAAUGGAGAUCGCCAGCCUGCUCCCCUUCUCCAAGAUCUCUCUGGAUGAUUUUACGGACAACAAAGAGAUCACCAACGACCUCAAUGCCUACAUCCAGUACCGGAUCAACAGCAGCAAGGAUAUCAUGAACAACAUCAGCCUGAAUGGCAAGGCCGACCCGGGCACCGUGGCCAAGCUCAGCAGCCACCUGAUCUCGCGCAGCCAGGGUUCUUACCUGUACCUCAAGCUCACCCUGGACCUCUUUGAGAGGGGCCACCUCGUGAUCAAAAGUGCCAGCUACAAAGUGGUGCCCGUCUCGCUGGCCGAACUGUACCAGCUCCAGUGCAACAUGAAGUUCAUGACCAACUCGGCCUUCGAGCGCUCUCUGCCCAUCCUCAACGUGGCCCUGGCCUCGCUCCACCCCAUGACCGACGAGCAGCUCUUUCAUGCCAUCAACUCGGGCCACGUCCGAGGGGAGCUGCAGUGGGACGACUUCCAGCAGCGCGUGGAGCUGCUCUCGUGCUUUCUCGUCAAACGGCGGGACAAAACGCGCAUGUUCUGCCACCCUUCCUUCAGAGAGUGGCUGGUGUGGAGGGCCGACGGAGAGAGCGCGGAUUUCCUCUGUGACCCCAGGACCGGCCACGCUCUCAUGGCCUUUAUGCUGUCCCGCCAAGAGGGGAAACUGAAUCGUCAGCAGACAAUGGAGCUGGGACACCACAUCCUGAAAGCACACAUCUUCAAGGGUCUAAGUAAGAAAACAGGCGUGUCAUCCAGCGUGCUUCAAGCUUUGUGGAUCAGCUGCAGCGCUGAUGGUCUCUCUGCAGCCUUGGCCUCCCUGAGGAACCUCUACACACCAAAUGUCAAGGUGAGCCGUCUCCUGAUGCUGGGAGGGGCAAACGUGAACUACCGAACAGAAGUCCUGAACAACGCGCCAGUGCUUUGCGUCCAGUGCCACCUCGGCCACCACGAGAUCGCCUCCCUCCUGCUCGAGUUCGGCGCCAGCGUGGACGUGGUGUCUGAAAACGGGAUGAGCCCGUUGUGCUUCGCGGCCGCGGGAGGACACCUGGGUCUGGUCGUGCUGCUCUGUAAGCGGGGGGCCAAGGUGGAUCAUGUCGAUAAGAGCAGCCAGUGUGCUCUGGUCCACGCCGCGCUGCGCGGACACACCGAGAUCAUCCAGUACCUGCUGGAGCUUGAAUGGAGCGGUGAAGGGCAGCAGCAGGACUGCUCUCUGAAGAACAAAGCUCUGCAGCAGGCUUUGAUCGCAGCCUCGAGCAUGGGACACACACAGGUUGUGAGAGGCCUGCUGGCGCUGAAAAAUGAGCACGCUGUGCAAAUUGAUAGUCACGACACUCUGUGGGGCGAGACAGCACUGACAGCUGCUGCAGGCCGGGGGAAGAUGGAGGUGUGCGGCUUCCUGCUGGAGACGGGGGCAGUGGUGCAGCAGGUGAACCGACGGGGGGUCUCUGCCCUGUUCUGUGCUGUCAGACAGGGGCACUGGCAGAUUGCGGAGCUGCUGCUGCAACACGGUGCUGACAUUAACAUCAGCGACAAGCAGGGCAGAACACUGCUCAUGGUGGCUGCCUGCGAGGGUCACCUAAGUACAGUUGAAUUUCUGCUGUCUAAAGGUGCUUCUUUAACCUCGAUGGACAAGGAGGGACUGAUGCCUCUGAGUUGGGCGUGUUUGAAAGGACAUAAGAACGUGGUGCAGUUUUUGGUGGAGAAAGGCGCGGUCAUCGACCACACCGACAAAAACGGACGGACGCCGCUGGACCUCGCUGCCUUCUACGGAGAUGCCGAGAUCGUCCAGUACUUGGUGGAGAGAGGAGCAGUGAUAGAGCACGUGGAUCACAGUGGGAUGAGACCUCUGGACCGGGCCAUCGGGUGCAGGAACACUUCAGUGGUGGUGACUCUGUUGAAGAAAGGGGCCAAGCUGGGCUACAGAACGUCUCCUUACGAUCGAUCAGGGAAUGCUGCCUGGGCCAUGGCCACUUCCAAGCCUGAUAUUCUCAUCAUUCUUCUGCAGAAGCUCAUGGAGGAGGGAAACCUGCUAUACAAGAAAGGGAAGAUGAAAGAGGCGGCCCAGAGGUACCAGUACGCCCUCAGGAAGUUUCCUCGUGAAGGCUUUGGUGAUGACCUGAAGGCUUUUAAAGACCUGAGGGUCUCCCUGUAUCUCAAUCUCUCCCGGUGUCGCAGGAAAACAAAUGAUUUUGGGAUGGCUGAAGAGUUUGCAACAAAAGCAUUGGAGCUGAAACCCAAAUCCUACGAGGCCUACUAUGCCCGAGCCAGAGCCAAACGAAGCAGCAGACAGUUCACUGCCGCCCUGGCUGAUCUGCACGAAGCAGCCAAGCUGUGUCCCAAUAACCGAGAGAUCCGUCGCCUCCUGGCUCGAGUUGAGGAGGAGUGCAAACAGAUGCAGAGAGCGCAGACUAAAGGAAGCCUUGCUGGAGCCGCUGCCGCUUGCAGCCAGGCAUCAGGAGGCCAUGAAUCAGAUCCGGAGCAGGAUGAAAGCCAGAUCAACCCCUCAGAGCACAGACUGGCGAGGGGUUUGGAAGCCCAAAGAGACAUUCUUGAGGAGGAGGAGGAAGAGGAGGACGAUGAGGAGGAGGAGCUAGUGGCCUUGAAGCGCGACAGGACAGGUGACGCCUGCUGGUCCCAGAACAGUUUCUCCUUCAGCAGAGAACCCGCAGCUGUUAACAACUUUGCAGCUCCCAACUCGCCUCCGGGCCCCAACAGACUUCCUCCCCACCGAUACCCUCGAGAGCAGCGGGAGGCGCUGACCCAGCAGGCUUCGGUCUUGCAGCCCACCAAGCAGGCUCAGAUAGUGAAGACGAAUCAGCACAUGAGCUCCAUGCAAGCCGUGGGGGGCCGCUCUGCCGGGGCCAAAUCUCAGUACGCGCCCUCCAGCCCUCUGCCCAGCCGACACAUGUCCAGCAAGCUGAAGCCCGGCCCGGGUAUUGACAUAAGCCCCCUGCCCGCUCCUUCUGAUGAGCCGGUGUACGAGAACCGCAUGUUGCUGGGCGCCGUCUCAGCCUCCAUGGGUCAGAGUUGUGACGGCGAGGGCGUCCUUUCCGCCCAGGCUUCUUACUUAUCCUGCGGCUCCUCCAAAGCUCUGGGGUCAGAGAGGCUGUCUGCCCACUCUGCUUCCUCUCUGGAGGGACUGGCCUGCUCUGGUCCAGGACACCCAGGGAACCACGAUCCGGCUGCGUCUGGACCUCAGGGAGGAGGCGCCAGCGGCAUGCGCGUUUCCAGCUCCACCAGCAGCCUGGCGUCCAGCAGCAGCUUGUCUGACAGCGGCAAACUGGGACCUGACGUCCGCAGCAAAAUCGCCGACAAAAAGCACAGCCAGCAGGGCGGCACCGCGGCAGAAUAUAAACCCAGACCGUUCAUGGGCAUAACUGACAAAACAGCUCGCUUUCAGCAGCAGCAGCAGCAGCAGUGCCACCCUAGCCUUCAGUCUGUCGGUCGCAGCUGGUUUAACCACUCCUCCGACGGCUUGAUGUGCCACAACGUCUCAGCCGUAGGUCUGCAACCAGUCGACUGCGAGCUGCCUUAUGGCAAAUCGGUGAGCUCUUACCAGGAGCAGCACAAAGCUCCCCUGCCUCAGGGUGGCGCGGCGAUGAGUGGCCUACACAACGGCAUGCACGCCAAGGGAUUAGCAGAGAAGUUCUGCCAAGCGGCCAGCUGCUACAAGGAGUCCAAGCCGGCGCUGGCCAUGCCGCACGCUUUCAUGGACAGCAAGCCCAAGCAGCCCGGCCUGGGCCGAGAUAAUCCUGCCAUUCACGUAGCUUCAAUGAAACCAAAGCGAUCUUUUAUAGAGUCGAAUGUGUAGAAACGUUUCAUCUCUAAACUGUCCACAACGCACACAAGCAAAAAUCCCAACAUGAGAGGGACAGAUUUUCUUUUUUUUUGUUGUCGUUUUUAAACCCGCUCCGGAGUCUAGUGUGCUGGGCUGCUUUCGGAUACAAACAGGCAGCUCAGAGUUUUAUUCCUCCCCAGUCUGCAGCUUCUGUUACACGACAGCAUGUCCGCCAUCGUUCAGCCAAGCUGGAAACGUUGCACUGAAGGAGGUCCGCGGACACGUCGUACAAUCCCGAUCAACGCAGCGAGGACCGUUCAGCACUUUAUACACAGUUAGGCCAAAUAAGUGCUUCAACAACACAUACGGUUACAACAAUGUUAUUACUGAGCAGAUUGAAAUAGAGAUAAAGGUUUGAACUGUGUUCAUCACAUCUAUGGUGCUGAGAGAUGAGUUUCAAGAAGUGUAGGACCUAAUCACUUUUUACACACUGUGUACAUUUAAAAAGAAAACUUUCAGCUCACUGCGUUACCAAGAAAAAUACAAUUUCUAGACUUCCUAUAAAAGGUCUAUCGCAUCCUGUCCUGUCAGAUCUGAUUUUUCAGACCUCUCUAGCCCUGGUUCCGGCAAUGGAAACAAGGAUUAAAGAAUAGCCCUGUAGAAACAAAAACAUGUUUUUAAUUUCACAUGGGAAAACCUUUCUUUUCUCUCGCUCGCAUUUGUUUGGCUACUGAGCAAAUUGAGUGGCCUGGUGAGAUUUCAAGUCAGUUUCUGAGGUAUAAAAGUUCAGGGUAACUUCAUGUAAAAACACCAGUGGUCUGAAUACUUUUUGGAUUAUUGAACCUAUUCCUAAAAUUUCGGACUGUGUUCAGUUGAGUGAAGCUGGGAAGGUAGAAAAAGCUGUAUCAGUUAAAAUUGAGCAACGUUAACCACAGUACACUGUGCUAAAAGUGAUGUGGUCCGAGUACUUUGAGAAACGUCUGAAAGAACAACUAAGGGAUGAACAUUCCUGUGACUUACGAAGGAUGUUAUAGAUCCUCAUGAUGUAUAUAUUAUAUAAAUAUGUACUGUUUUUUUUUUUUCUUUUCAGUGAAGGUCUAUGUUAAGUGUAUUGACAAGUUCAGACUGUAUUUUGAGUUUUAGGCACAAUGUUGUUGAAAUGGUGUUGAGUAUAAAUUUGUACAUUGCAUAAGCCCCCAUUAACACUGAAUCCUUUCUGCAUCGGCUCGUUGUUGCUGUCUAGUUAAUUUAUUUACAGUGCCAAUAGCUUGGUUAAUUGUAAAAGCAAUAUAUUUUAUAUAGUUAUUUUUGCACAGCUACGAAGGCAUUUUAUGACUCUCUGUAAUGAGGAUUCAACGCAUGCUACAAUUGCAGUUUAUAUUACAGAGUAAAACAAAAAUAUCUAUGAAAAGAGAAUUGGUUUGGAGGCUCAUUGCCAUCAGCUUUAUUUUAUGAUGUACGUUAAAUGCAGUUGUUGUCAUGUUUUCAGUAUUGUGAGCUUUAUUGGCCGUUAUCACAUACUGUACUGAACAUUACUGCCGCCGUGGGAGAGCGAAAUAAAGUCCAGCUGAGGAAAAACACCUGUCUGCUGGGUAUUUGAAAUGUAUGUAAAUAUACAAUUAUUUGUAAUUAUCUGCUCAAAGUGAUAAAAUAGGUAAAUAAAGGGAGAUUUAACUAAA